AUGUUUCGGUCCAGUAAGUCGUGUACAGUUCUUACCGUUACCACAAUUGCACCUCGUCAGUACGACGAUUGCGGUGAAGUAAAAUCGAGAUUAAAAUGGGCUGAUGGGGCAGCAAUAAAGCGAGAAUUGGAUCUUCGUAUGAUGCUUUUGCUUGGUCCAAAAACAAUUGCUGAUAUUCGUGGAGGCACGAAACAGGCUGAGGAAAAUGGCCCAAAACGAAGUGGCCGAAAAAAUCUCGAGCAAGAAACUGUGAUAAAAGGUAAAAUCAGGACUUUUCUAGCAUCAGGCUUAGCUAUGAAAUGUAAAUGA